AUGAUAAACCCUAAAUUGGCUCGUAGUUUACGCAAUUUACUUCCACUGAUGCAUAGAGACCUCAGCUCCCGCUUCUCGUCUUCUCCCUUCGCCUCUCACCAUGAUCGAAUUGCAUUCCAUCAUUUUCAAUCACGUCCAUUCACCCUCACAAAUCUAACUCUUCUUUUUCGUUUGUGUCAUCAUGGGUACUCCACCACCACCAAUGCCUCUACUGAAGAUAUCCAGUGCCAAAACCCUCAAGCACCACCUCAAUCUGACACAAACGAUGAAGUAGAACCAAUCGACUUAUGGGAGGAAGAAGAGGAAGCUGAGCCUGAGAUCGGAGAUGGUGGAGAUGGAGGCGGUGUUGUCCUGCAAAACUGUCCUUGGGGGGAAAAAGUUCUAUCCAUUGCUCAAGACGUCUUGCUUCAGUUUGGUGAUGACAUAGAAAUCUUCGCUUUCAAAACCUCCCCUCGUGGAUACAUUUAUGUCAGACUAGAUAGACUCUGUAACGAAUAUGGGUGCCCUAGCAUAGAGGAUAUUCAAAGUUACAGCCAUGAAUACAAGAAAAGACUAGACAAAGCAGGAGAAACUGGAGACAUACCCUGUGAUUUAGCUCUUGAGGUGUCAUCUCCAGGUGCAGAUAGGCUACUGAGGAUACCGGAUGAUUUAGAAAGAUUUAAAGACAUGGCUAUGAGAGUGAAGUAUGUAGAAGAUGAUGAUCAUAGGUGUAAGGAAAAGGAGGGGGUGUUCUUUUUGGAAGCCAUUGAAGGGGAAUGUGAGAGGUGUGUAUGGAGGUUGGCUGAUGUGAAAGAAAAUCGGGAUCCUUCAUCUAAAGGAAGACCUUUGAGCAGGAAACAAAAGGAUUGGAGACUUGAACUUCCAUAUGAAAGGGUUGAGCAGGUAACUCUAUACCUUGACUACCAAUAA